CACGCCGGAGUAGUCGCCCUCCACCAUCCUACCUCGGGCAGCCGCGGGGCUGCGCACCCGGAAGCGUAUGGCCGCGGAGUGACGCAAGCUUCCUCCACCCUCCUCUCCUUCGGUCAGCGCCGCCGCUGCCGUCAUCUGCCAUUUCUCGCGCGAUCGACCCAUUGCUUGUUGCCAGAGGAAAGGGCUCAGUAGUCAAUAUGGCUGGCUCAUUCAUUACUGGAGCUCUAAUGAUUAUUCUUGGAUAUGCAUAUCCGGCCUAUGAUUGCUACAAGACGGUGGAACUGAACAAGCCUGGGAUUGAGAAGUUGCGGUUCUGGUGUCAGUACUGGAUUUUACUUGCAGUUCUAACUGUUUUUGAUAGAGUUGGCAAUUUUGUUUCAUGGUUGCCAAUGUACAGUGAAGCAAAGCUGGCUUUUGUUGUGUAUUUGUGGUGUCCGAAAACACUGGGGACCGCCUAUGUGUAUGAAUCAUUCUUUAAACCAUGCAUUGCAAAACAUGAAGCUGAGAUCGAUAACAAUCUGCUUGAGUUGAGGACUAGAGCUAGUGACAUGGUGGUUCUUUACUUCCAGAAGGUUACCAACUAUGGUCAGACAAGGUUCUAUGAAAUCUUGCAAUAUGUUGCUUCACAGUCACAGACUCAAACAUCUCGCUCGCAGGCACGUCAACAGCAGCAGCGUCCACCAGGACCACCACCACCACAUAAUCACCAAGUGAACCCUGCACCUCAGCCUGUUCCUGCACCACCAGUGCCUCCCGUACAAACACAAGAUACCCAAGCUCCUCUGACUCCACCAAGGAACCAAGCACAGGAUACAACACCAAUUCCCGAUCCUCCUCCUGGUGCUGUGUCUCCUGCCCAGGCACAGGCACAACCUGGUCCUUCACAAGCUAUCGCCACUGACGGCCCUCAGAACACUGAAGCGAUGCAGGUUGAUCCACCUGGCCCACCAUCAACAAGCAACAGACGCAACACCUUGAUACCAGACAACGAUACGCUCAUCCAGGAGGCGAUUCGAAUGACGCAGGGCCGGCUGAGGAGGCGCAUGUCUGGGUCUGGACCGCCGCCAAGUUAGAACCAGCACCAAGGAUCAUUCGCUGGGAUGAUUCUGUACCUUGUGCGUUCAACUGAUAACAGAAAGAAUACUGGGUUGGUGAAACGUGAUUCAAUUCCUCCCUGGGUGAACGCACAUUUUCCUCUUGAAGAAACUGAGAGUCUGAGGCCUGUUGUUGUCGUCUAAUGGCUCCCAGUUGUGCAUACAUAGUGGUAAUGAUUAGACUUCAUCAGUAUAUUGGCAUGUAGAGUGCAUCAAGAUGGGUCGACCUAUAGUCCUUGAAAAGUCAACGAUGGGUCAUCCGUCAUAUUGAAUUCUGAUAUGCUGAACAUGCAGACUGGCUUGCACAAAAUCGCCAAAAAAAUUGAAAUGGAUAA